CUGUCUGCUCACAGACCAACAUUCAGCGGGUACCGCAGCAUCAUCCACACCCCUCAGCAUCAUCAGCACCCCUCAGAGUCUCCCCUGCAGGAACCACAGUAUCAUCCCUUUAAUUUAACAUAAAGGACUGUAAAUACGCGCCAAAGACGCACAGGAAACAAAGCGCAUUGUUAUUUCUUCAAUGGCGUCAAAAGCGCAUCUUAUUUGGCGCAGUAGGUAUGGCGGCUAAUCAAAGGCUUAAAGGCGUACGCCUCAGGUUUUUAAUGCAUGCAUUUAUGUUAUUGUCUUUAGAUGUUUCACAGGCAUCCGCAGGACGCGAAUGGUGCGCAAAUUGCUUAAUCAAAUAGACGGCGUUUGUAAACAGGAUUAUGAGGUUGUAAAAUGCAUGAGGUAAUGGACAGAUCUAAAGGGAGGUGAUGUGAAGAGGCUGGACGCAUUGCUGUCUUUAUUAUCGGUGGGGAUCCACACCCGUUAUUGUUGCGGCCAUGUCCCCUCCAGCAUCCGCGGCGACCGCCAGCGACACCAGCACCACAACCGUGUGCGAGGACACAGACAGUCCCAGAGAGGAGCAGACACCCGUCAAGCAAUCAUUGAGUAAGUCCAUGUGCAGAGAGGCAUUCUGGAAAUGCCUGCUGCUUUCCAUGCUCAUGUACGGCUGCAUCGGGGCCAUGGUCUGGUGCCACGUCUCCAGGGUCACCCGCUCGACCAUCAUGACGCCCGUGACCUACUAUGACAGUCCCUGCUCCGACGGCUACAUCUACAUUCCGCUGGCCUUCCUCGUCAUGCUUUACAUCGUGUACCUGGUGGAAUGCUGGCACUGCCACGCCAGAAACGAGCUUCAGUACAAGGUGCACGUGGAGGGAAUUUACGAAAGGGUCCAGAGGAUGCAACAAGCCAAACCUUGCAUCUGGUGGAAGGCCAUCAGCUACCACUACGUGCGGCGGACGCGGCAGGUUACUCGCUAUCGCAACGGAGAUGCCUACACCACCACGCAAGUUUAUCACGAGAGGGUGAACACGCACGUGGCCGAGGCGGAAUUCGACUACGGCCACUGUGGAGUUAAGGACGUCUCCAAGCAGCUACUGGGUCUGGAAAGGUCAGCCAUCACCAAACUGAGGUUCACCAAGUGCUUUAGCUUUGCCAACGUGGAGUCCGAAAAUUCCUAUUUGACCCAACGGGCGAGGUUCUUCACCGAUAACGAAGGACUGGACGACUACAUGGAAGCCCGGGAAGGGAUGCACCUGAAAAACGUGGACUUCAGGGAGUACAUGAUUUCCUUUUCAGACCCGGACCACCACCCCUGGUACGUCUCCAACUACGUCUUCUGGACAGCCGCCUUCCUGACCCUGUCGUGGCCCUUACGGGUGCUGACCGAGUACCGCACGGCUUACGUCCACUUCCGCGUGGAGAAGCUCUUCGGUGCGGACUACGUCCCGGUGACGCCGUGCGACGAGAGACCCUACUGCAGACGCAUCCCCAGGGUCAACACCAUAGACAGCACCGAACUGGAGUGGCACAUUCGUUCCAACCAGCAGCUGGUGCCCAGUUACUCCGAGGCGGGUCUGAUGGACCUCGCUCAGCGCUCGGGAGGUGUCAGGCAGAACUGCGAACGCUGUCACCGUGCGAUCAGCAGUUCAUCCGUUUUCUCCCGCAGUGCCAUGAGCAUCUGCAACGGCAGUCCACGCAUCCCCUUCAGCGGCAGCCGCUUCUCUCUGGGCAGGCUGUACGGCUCACGUCGCAGUUGUUUCUGGAGGAGCGGAAGCCUGGAUGAACCCGAGAGCCCCAGCGAGAACACGCGAUGCCUGUCCGGACGAAUCGUUGCAGAUGAGGAGGACCCGCCGCCCUACCAAGAUGCUCUUUACUUUCCGGUUCUUAUCGUGCACUGCAGCGAGAGCUGCCCAAACCAUCGCUCCUUCCACAGGAACAGUUCUUGCGUGGAGACGUCUUUAUGAUGGGCCUCCGGUUUUGGAGUUGGACGCACAUGUCGCCUAAAGACUGCCACGGAUUGGUUGAGAUAAACUUCUGAAAUGGAAGACAUAUCCUGUUACUCAGGAAGCAUUAAUCUUCAUAUCCUCUUCACUGUCUGUUAUCAUUAAUGGAUUUAGAAACAACUCCAAUGCAGAAUUAUAGCAAUAAUGAACACAAAGCAUUGGGAUUAUGAUGUUCAGACAGUGGCCACGUAGGAAAGUCAGACACUUGUGGGCGCUUAUUGUUUGUUAGCUUUAAAGAGCAAAGGAUUACAUCAACCAAGCAAAAACCUGAUAUUUCUCUCUAUAGAUAUGCAGAAAGAAAUAUGCAGUAAGCAACUUUUUAUUGGUCAUUUUUGCAAUCAAGUCAAAUCAUCUGUUAAUGAAUGUGCUCUUGUAAAAACCAUUAUUGGAUUUCAUCGGACCACCAUGGACCGUAUAUGGUCUGCAAAUUGCUUUACAUUCAUAUACAAACACUUAAAAAGAAAAGUAUUAUGGGCUGUUUCUACUUAUAAUGUGAUUUAACUGCAUAAGGCUGAACAAUAUACUGUUAAACAGAUUUAUGUCUGUAAUGGCGAUGUCCACAACAAUAAGUAUCUCACACUAUUUUAAAAAUAUAUGACAAAUUUCAGGCUAUGCAACAAUGAACCUCUGGUAUGUUAUGCCUAAAAUGUAUAUAGCCUUCACUUAAUAAUGGAAUGUACGACUGUUGAAGCUUUCCUUUAUGUUUGCAAUGAACUGUACAAACUAUUCAACAGAGAACUGAAUUAUUUAGGGAGGAGGAGUCAUGCGUGUGCAUGAACUGAGUUAACAAUUAGUGAAUGUUAUAGGAAUUUAGUGGCUAACUGCUAUAAACUCUUUACAUACAACUAAUGCAGUUUAUAUGGUGCAACAUACAGGAGAAUAAAUCUAUACAUUUUCUUUAUGCAACUAUAAAUGAUUUCAUAUGAUUUGCAUAAAUUAUAUGGUGCAUACUUUAUGAUGGCUCAAUUAUUGAUUAUAUGCUGGAAAGACCCUUAAAAACUGUCUUGAGCAUUCCAAAUACAAUUUUUUGAGUGUAUACAUCCUGAUGAUGGCCUAUUAUAUCUUUGUUCUGUUGCCUGUGACAUCUGAAGGGAGCAAUGUAUUUAUCCACAUUGCAUCCUUUCGCUUUUAUACUGCCAAGAUCACCAUAUCAGAAAUGAGUAAAAGGCCACCACUGUGCUGCAUUCAUGUAGCACACAUUAAAUCAGACAUUGUUACAAUAAAUGGAUGUAAACUUACCAAAUAAACUGCUUGUUGAUUCGCAAA